UGCAGCACAUAACAGGUGUUCGGGUGUUCUGCGACAUGCUGAGUCUGUCAGAUGGAGCGGUAGCUGCGGCGCUUUUUAAAGCACGCCGGGAGAAAACUCGUGCAUGUGUGUUAAAACCGCUUAUAUCGCAUCACUGGGCGAACCGGUCGAACGCAGUGUAGCCAGCGUAGCGUGGUUAACGUCGCAACCAAUAAAAUGGAGUGCGCGAACGGUUACCGCUAUAGUUGAGAUGCCUCGGCGGCCACUUACUGCCGAGCAGCGCGAAGAGCGUAAGAAGCGUAAAGCUGCUGCAGCACGGCGUCGUUAUGCUGCCAAGACUGGUGCUGAGCGGGAGCGGCGUUUGGAGCAGAUGCGCCAAGCGACGAGUCGUUGGCGGUUGCAGGAACAGCUAGAAACGCCUGGAUUGCUAACGUCGAUUAUGCGGGCAGAGAAACGCGAAAAGCGCCUGGCACAAGAGCGAGAAGCGGCCAGUAUGCCGGCAGAAGAGUUCGAAAAGCAUGCGGCACAAACGCGAGAAGCUGCGAGGCGUCAUGCAUCGAAUAGGUCGGCAGAAGAGCGUGCGCGUCUCUUGGCGCAGAUAAAAGUUAGUAAGCAAAAACAGGUUCAGCGACGGACGCAGCAGCGCCCGCCAAUAUCGACAGCGGCAGUCGACAGCCACACGCCUUCCCUCAAGCUUGAAGAUGUCGCCAUGCCAAGAAGGCACCUGGCAACUGACACAACUCAGUUUCAGCGAGCCCAACAAAACGAGGAUGGCCAAUUAACAACAAGAGAGCAUGCCGCAGCAGUUCCGAAAGCUUCAAGUGCUGUAACGCGGCAGGCUCAAUGCCAUGACAAAGCCGGUGGACAGUCACCACAGGCAUCAGACGUGGCAGAACACAAGAGCAGUCAAGGCCUUAUGGACUUGGCGCCUGUACAUGGGCACUUCAAUCUUCGUGUACCAGUUACCUCUCAAAUGGCAGCGAAAGUGAAGUUCAGUGAGAAAUGGGGGUCACGCAAGCUUAAUGUUUCUGUUGUGGAAGCAGCUUUACGACGUAGCGGCUUGACCAGGCCUCUCUCGGACUAUGCUAUCGUCUUUGUUCCAAAUGCAUCAAUGGCCAACCCAGUUAAAUUGGAUGCUUCCGAUGGCACUCCUGCUGUUUGUAACAAGAGGAAGCAACCUGGUCGCUGCAGCAGGCGUGGAAAUGUGCCUGUCGAAUCUGCGAAAGCCGUGCAGACGGAGGCCACGGGGUCGUUCCCCGGCCGUGUGGACGUUGCAGUUGGGACAUCCAGAGUAGUUGACAGGGAUGUGUGCAAGUCAGCCCAGACAUCGCUUGCUGCUGAGAAAGUGCACGUGUGGACAGAAACUGUGGACCUUGAUGCCCAGGACAGUGGCCCCUGUGUGGGAAAGAUUUCAGAACUUUCUAGUCCACAGAAGUUUGAAGAUGGCUUAUGACAAACAAGAUAUAUUUGUGCCAGAGCCAGUUAUGUGUCGGAAACUGAGGCCAGUCCUCAAGAACCAAUUCCUCUGAAGCCAUUUAUUUGACAUGUGCAAGCCAUUGCAAUGAGCGGGCCUUCAGAAACACGAUGCUGGAGAAGUCUUCAGGGGAGAACAUGGCUGCCUGGUUUAUUGUGCUCGUGGUUCACUUGUACAUUAAUGGCGAGUCAAGCUAGUCAAUUAAAUAUCACCUCGCUAAGAUGCAUCAAACCGAUGGCCUGUUCAUGUGAUAAUGCUGCUGCCACCUGGCCUUCGGUUAUUGCAUUACACCAAGGCUGACCAGCCACAGUGAAGAUGUAAGAUCUUGUUAGUCAAGUUAGCUGACCCAGGAUUGGCUUCCUUUUUGUAUGUGCAUGGCUUGAAAGCACUGAAAUGGUAGGCAAACAUUUGUCCUUAUGCUCCAGCUUUUCCUUUAGCCAAGAGUUUCUCAGAGUGUGACAUUUCAUGAAACUGGGCUCAUUAAUACUCAUGCUUCUAGCAGUUUCAUUUUUUCUCACAAAAACUGCACAUGUUCAUUUUGUGUAUAUAUAUAUAUAUAUAUACAGGUUCACAAGUCUUGCAAGACCCGGUACCUCGAAAAGUCGAAAUACUUUUUUUCUGCAUUUACUAUUUACGUUAAGAUUCAUUCAUGGACAUUUCUCUGAAGUGCUUGAUGUUUAAGGUUGUUUUUCGAGUGUGCGUCUCCUUAAUAAUGUAUUUUGCACUGGCAAAAGCACACUGCUUACUGCGUUUGUUUACUCAUCGUGUAAGGAAUGCAUAUAAUUUAUUUAAAAAGAACUUCUGAGCACUGUGAUUGUUUUCAUUCUGUAGAUUUAUACUGCCAUGUAUAUUUAUAUUUAUGCAGUGUUAAUAAACUUGAAGCCAUUCAUGGUGCAAUGAAAUAAAAUUGUGCUGACUUGGAAA